AUGUCCUCACCAGUCUCCACCCCUGACGCCGAGACCACGCCCGCCGAGUUCCUCCUCUUCGGCAACCUUCCUGCCGAGAUUCGGCUUUCGAUCUGGAAGAAUGCUGCCCGAAGCGCUCGGCCGGGUGUACACAUCUUCGGGGGCCAUUGGAUGGGCGAGGCAGAUUCCGAUGGCCCAAUUGAUCUUGCCCUCGUGCCGCCAAGGAUCCAGGAUGCGUCCGGUGUCACUUGGAACUGGGUUGGUGGCAAUCCAUCCACCUAUAAUCGAGAUUUCGGUCUCUGGAUGGCAUCCUAUGAGUCGCGCUCCUUUAUGUUGCGCCAUUACCAACACCUCGAGGACGCCAUCACUGAAGAGAAAGACGCCGGUUCCUCCUUCAGUGGCCGGAGCCACUUGGUGGACUUGGGGGGAGACCAUGUCUCCAGAGUCUUCCCCAACCAAGAUCUCCUCUGCCUUCAGCCAUUGGAGACUUCCCCUGGGUUUGGAGACUUGCCCUUUUUCCGCAACGACAGCCCCAUCAAGGUCAAGAACCUCGCGCUGGAAUACGACCCCGCGUGGAUGAACGGCCUCGUACAGGCCCAAACCAAUGGGGCUCGAGAGCGGGCUCGGGCAGACUUGUGGAGGGAAGACAGCCGUCGUGGAGUCUUUAUUCGGUCUCUAUGGGCCAUGGCAGAGCGUACUGGGCCCGCCAACAUGACGUUGUGGCUCGUCGACAGUUCCCUCCGGCAACGGGAAAUGCCAUCGAACGCCUAUAUGCCUGGCUCCGACGACAACGACGAUACCGCCAAGGAUCCCCAAAAGGCCGAACCAAAGCCUAGGGAGUUCCAUUCACUGGACACACGUUGUGUCGAAGUCAAGGACUUGAGUGAGUGCAAGUACGACGCCCUCAAGCCCAGCACGGCGUUCCACUUCCUCCAUGAGCUCCAGAUAAAUGUUGGCUUCAACGUUGGCUGGAUGAUCGACCGCCAAGCCGGCCAGAAUCCGACGCCGAUUCCAAACGGCCUGGAAGAUCUGGUCAAGGUCUUGUGCAUCGAGCCGAACUAG